UUUAGUUCUCUGUCUCUCUCUUUUGUAACCGAUGUUCUUGAACCCACUUGGAGGACCUCUAUAUAGAAUUACCUGAGUACAUCAAACUGCAGUUUUUCCUAGAGCUUAAAACACCAAGAAAAUGACACUUCAUUCGUUCGUUUUUGCUUUUGUUACCUGAGGGUGACCUCGUUUAGACUUGUUUCACAAGAAUCAAUCACCACAAAUCACUGUAUAGGUACAAUUUUGCAGACAUGGCUGGCCAGGAGGAAGGCUGGCCUCUGGGUUUGCAGCCACUGAAUGUGAGAGUAGGGCUGGUUAGAAACCGUCACCUCUCUGGAUCAAUAUCAUUCAACACUUUACUCACUGGUUCUCCAACUUCCUCCACAGCUUCUUCAUCAGAUUUGGACACACAGUCUACAGGGUCUUUUUUCCAUGACAAAAGCAUCACACUUGGGAGCCUUAUAGGUGUUUCCAGCAUACUAGAGUUCUCUAGGAGAUCAAUAAGGGGAAGAAAAACAGAACCCUCAAAGGACAAGAAGAGCACCAAAUCCAGAAUCUGGUUUUUUUCUCUCUGCUUAAGGGACAGUAGUAGUACUGAUGAUGCCAGGAGAGGAAAUAAUGCUUCAUCUCUUGGGCACUUUCUUGCUGUGGAGAGAAGGGCUGCUGACGACUACAGAAGGAAUCUGGAGAACCCUAGUGUUAUUGGACCCGACGAACUAGCCCUAGCUCAGCCUUUUGCAGAACCAAACUCACUUUUUGUUGAUGGCCGAGUUGCUCCUCCUCAAACAGGUUCAGAUAUGGAAAGGGGAAAAGACAAUGGGUUUGGAGUUCCCUUGCUGUGUUCAUGCAUGUGUGGACAACCAUCGGAGUAAACAAACAUGUGUGGAUCAGUGGAUGUGGAGGUGGAACAGCUCCUUUUCUUUUUUUGCUCUGAAAUGUUGAUUUAAUUCAUUUGCAUGUGAUUCUAGGAAAAUAAACUGGGUUAGAAGAAAUGGAAUCUAUUUCAAACCUAUUGAAUGUAACUAAGACUUUUUGUUUUUUUCUGUUUUUUCUUUAAAACACAUAAAUGGUAGUUUCUUUGGGAUCUUCUAACUUUUA